GAUAUACAAGCUUGGUUUGCAUAUCAGUGUUUAUGCUUUAAAGUGAGAGCUGCUAAAGAGAAGAUGAGGACAGACAGGCUCGGGUUCGUUUUCCCGGUGUGGUUAGCUCUUGCGGUACUGAGUAUGUGGUGCACGACAGAAGUCGUCGAGGCGGCAAUUUCGUUGCAGAAUCCGAUGAAUCUGGUUUGGCAUUACUAUAAGGUGCAUAAUACAUGUGAGAACGCAGAGCCUUUUAUUAGGCAUCAGGUGGAAUUGUUUUAUAAGCAAGACAAAACUAUUGCACCGAAACUCCUUCGGUUGCUCUAUUCGGAUUGUUUUGUAAAUGGGUGCGAUGCUUCAAUCCUCUUAGAUGGGCCGGAUUCAGAGAAGAUGGCACCACAGAACCGAGGACUGGGAGGGUUCGUGCUUAUCGACAAGAUUAAGACGGUGCUUGAAGUGCGAUGCCCUGGUGCAGUCUCUUGCGCCGACAUUCUUAACCUCGCCACAAGAGAUGCUGUUCAUUUGGCAGGAGCACCGUCUUAUCCCGUAUUCACAGGGCGAAGGGAUGGGCUGACAUCGACCAAAGGAUCCGUCGAUCUCCCUUCACCAUCCAUCUCCAGGGAAGCCUCACUCGCUUAUUUCAAAUCUAAAGGCUUGGAUGUGUUGGACAUGACUACCCUAUUAGGAUCACAUUCCAUGGGGAGAACACACUGUGCCUUCAUUGUGGAUAGGCUUUACAAUUUCAAUAAUACAGGAAAGCCAGAUCCAAGUAUGAAGGCAUCAUUCUUGACAGAAAUGAGAAAGCUAUGUCCACCACGAACGAGAAAGGGUCAAAACGAUCCGCUCGUAUUUCUAAACCCAGAAUCUGGAUCCAAAUAUAGUUUCACCAACUCCUACUACUCCAGAGUGUUAACCCAUGAAGCUGUCCUCGGAGUUGAUCAGAAGCUACUCUACGGUGAUGAUACUAAGCAAAUCACUGAAGAAUUCGCAGCUGGCUUAGAAGAUUUCAGGAGAUCGUUUGCUCUUUCCAUGAGUCGAAUGGGAAAUAUUGAAGUUCUAACAGGAAAGCAAGGUGAAAUACGCAAAAAUUGCAGACGUACAAACAAAUACUAGUCACUCGGUUUGGAAGGAAUGAUUUAUAAGCAUAAAAUUAUAGGGAUGAAUUGUCAUUCAAAUGCCAAAUUUCUUGGAUUAAGGUUUAUCAUUAAUAUCAAUAAAAAAAACAACAAAAUGAGAACUAUUUUUUGUCCACAAAUAAAUUGUAUAACUUGUUCAAUCUUUGAGCUAAACUGUUCUACAGAAAAGCUACAAUUUCAAUUCUCUAAUAAGAACUACACAGUAUUAUUUUU